UAGGGAGCGCUCCUCCAAAAAUGAUAAUAAAUCAGACAAAAUCUCUCUCUCCCCUGUCUCUUUGAAUCUCUUUGUGUUCAAACAAAGCUUUGAGAAGAAGAAGAAGACGAUGUCGAGGAUGAGAACUUCUUACCUGAAACCACCGCUUCCCAAAUCUCCCCUCCGUCUCCGAUCACGCCAAGUCCUCUCCAACUCCUCUUCUUCAUCGAUUCUCCGAACACCUCCAGGCCUCGCGAAGUUCCAGAAACGUAACGCUGCGGAUCUGGAAUCGAACCUCCCGGUCGAGUACUCCUCGAUCUCAAGCGAGAUCCACGCGAUGGCGAAGAUGGUGGAGAAAGAGUUCGCUCAGGAAGAAGUGAAAUCCAGAGCCUCGAGUCUGGAGCAUAUGGCUGCGAACUCGGAGGUGGCUCCGGUGUUCGAGAGAGGGAGGUUCUACGAUGAGUAUUCCGCCAGGAGGAACGAGAGGCUGAGGAGGAAGAAAGGUGAAGAUACUGUAGUGAAAGGAACUCCUUACAAUCUUGGAGUCGAGCCUAUGACGACUAAGAGAAGAGGGACCGUUAAGAAGAAGACGACGAUGGUUGAGAUGACGGCGACGGCGCCGAGGUAUUCGCUGAGGAGUAUGAAGAAGGAGAAUAAGAAGCCUCCGGUUCCUUUGAAUGUUGAUGUUAGUGCGAUGAAGACUGUUACUGCUACUACCAGGAGGGGUAGGAGGAUCUGAUGUUAUUGUUGUGUGAAAUUGAAAUUUGAGGUUUUGAUUUCUGCAACUCUGUGUUUUAGUAUUGUUGUUCUGCUUGAGGGAUUUGGAUUAUUGAAACUUCUUUGCUUUGUUUUCUGAUUUUAUUAAUACAUUCAGAUAAGCUUUUUAUCUAUCAAAUGCAUUUUUUUGGGUA